AUGGCACAAGUGCAGCGCCCGUUGAUUAUUCAGUCACAUAUCAUUAGAGCAUGCUGUCCGCCGAUAGCGCGCAGGUCGUUCUUUUCCCGCGAAAGGGUACGAGGGCUGCACACGAGAACAGUCACCGAUCAUGACAUCUCGCAUCUCGCGAGUCUACCUCUCCACCCAUUGACCCUCUCUGACCUUGUAAAACACGGAAGACCUCCUCUCACCACGCAGCAACUGCUCACCUCCGCAAACUUCACCCUCUCCAUUCUACCUGCACGACUGGCGCAUCGUAUUCAGUCGCUUCGGAAUUUGCCUUUCAUCGUCGUCUCGAACCCUCAUGUCUCAAAAAUUCAUGCCAACUACAUACACAGCCUGUCCACACUGCUGCCAUGGGCAGAACACGAGAUUACGUCGCUGGAGGAUGAGAUCAAGUUCACAGAGGUCAUGGCUGAUCUGGUUCAAACACAUGCAAACACGAUCAGCAUACUAGCGAGGGGGUUCUUGGAGGCGAGAAAGUAUAUCAGCCCAAGGGACGUCACACGCUUCCUGGACGAGCAUCUGCGGGCAAGGAUCGGCACAAGACUCAUUGCUGAGCAGCAUCUCUCACUGCACUUCUCCAGUCAGCCACAUGCCGAGAUUAUGCAUGAGUCGGACGAAGCACCCGGCUUCAUCGGCGUGAUCGACACCAAGCUCAAGCCCGCUCGCAUUGUAGAUCACUGCGCCAACGUAGUCGGCGAGAUCUGCGAGCUGAAAUACGGCGUACGACCCAGUAUAGUCAUCAACGGAGAACCAGACUAUACCUUUGCGCACGUGCCCGCCCAUCUCGAAUACAUCAUGACCGAGCUGCUCAAAAACGCGUUCCGUGCAACGGUCGAAAGCGGCCAAGAACGCGAGCCUAUCGAGGUUACCAUCGCGCCUAAAGAUCUGCACGAAGAAGCCAGCGACCACGAGGACUACAGCCGCAUAAACUCGAGCCUGAGCAACACGAACCAAGGCAACACGGACAUUGCGUCGCAGAGCUUCACCGGUGCCCUCACGUCCUCAUCACCCAAAUCCGACGCCCAGAUCCUGCCGCUCAAACACAGCACGCCCGGCGUUACCAUCCGCAUCCGCGAUCGUGGCGGCGGCAUCUCGCCGGAGAACCUCGCGCACAUCUGGGACUACAGUUUCACCACCUUCAACGAGGACAAGGCGUCCACUACACUCACAGGAGGCGGGUCAGGCAGCGGCAUGGACGCACUGAAUGCCAUGACAGGCCCUGGAGGUGAUGGCGCACAUAGCCUGGCAGGUCUGGGCUAUGGACUGCCGCUGGGAAGGGCGUAUGCUGAGUACUUUGGGGGUGGGAUUGAAGUGAAGAGCUUGUGGGGGUGGGGCACAGAUGUGUAUCUCAAAUUGAGGGGUGUGGGUAGGGUAGAUCAGGAACGAGAGUAA